AUUUAGAAGCCAUUUUGGACACAGAUCAGUAACAUGCAUGUAAACCCCCGACCGACCUCCCCGACGCAGCGCUGCUACUAUUUCAGCGAAUAACCUCAGAAAACAACGUUGAGACGUCCAUUCAGACGCUUGGACCGGUCGGUGAAGCCGUUUCCGAUGCGAAAUGCGGCACCUUAUUCUGGACUAACCGCCCGGCAGUCAGUUAAUCGCUCCUUUUCUUUGCAACAUUGUUGCAGCGUCGCGGCUAUUGAUACGCGCUGUGGAGGUGGAGGAGGUGGUGGUGGGACCGAGGAGGCCUGUGGUCGGUUUAAUCCUGGACUGAUGUUUUUAGUCAACCUGAGUUUUAAUGUUCGCGAAAGAAAGAGGACGAAAUCGCUGUCCUUUAUUUAAAGCGGAACAUGUCUUUUUCAUGGCUGACUUGUUCACUUCUUCUGGGAACUUUAUGCGCAGGGUACAGUCUGGGAGAGGUGGAGACCCGAGAAUGUGUGUACUACAACGACAACUGGCGAACAGAGAGGACCAACCAGAGUGGCUUUGAGCGCUGUGAGGGAGAAAAGGACAAGCGGCUGCACUGCUACGCAUCCUGGCUCAACUCCUCAGGGACCAUCAAGCUGGUGAAGAAAGGCUGCUGGUUGGAUGACUUCAACUGCUAUGACAGGCAAGAGUGUGUCUCUAUGGAGGAAAACCCUCAGGUGUUCUUUUGCUGCUGCGAGGGUAACUACUGCAACGAGCGAUUCACUCACCUUCCUGACUUGAUUGGCAGCAGGACCCGAGUGAAAAUCCGGCCUCCGCCCCGUGUGCCAUCAAUGCUGAAUGUUCUAGUGUACUCUCUGCUGCCGCUGUGUGUGCUGUCCUUGGCCCUCGUUUUGGCACUGUGGAUGUACCGCCACCGCAAGCCUCCUUAUGGACACGUGGAUCUGAGCGAGGAUCCUGGACCAGUCCCUCCUUCUCCUUUGGUGGGUCUGAAACCUCUGCAGCUUCUGGAAAUCAAAGCUAGGGGGCGCUUUGGCUGUGUUUGGAAAGCUCAGUUAAUGAGCGAAUAUGUUGCUGUAAAAAUCUUCCCUGUUCAGGAUAAGCAAUCAUGGCAGAAUGAGCGGGACAUCUUCUUGACGCCUGGGAUGAGACACGAAAACAUCUUGCGCUACAUUGCCGCAGAAAAGCACGGAACCAACCUGGAGACGGAACUGUGGCUUAUCUCAGAGUUUCAUGAAAGAGGCUCAUUGACGGACCACCUGAAGGGCAACACUGUGACCUGGACUGAGCUGUGUCACAUAGCAGAAACCAUGGCCCGUGGAUUGGCCUACCUCCAUGAAGACAUUCCCAGCUACAAGGGGGAGGGGCCUAAACCUACUAUUGCGCACCGGGACUUCAAGAGUAAGAAUGUGCUUCUGCGGGAUGAUUUAACUGCGGUCAUCGGGGACUUUGGGCUUGCUGUGCGAUUCGAACCAGGACAGCCUCCUGGAGACACUCAUGGCCAGGUCGGUACGAGGCGUUACAUGGCUCCAGAGGUGCUGGAGGGAGCCAUUAACUUUCAGCGAGACUCCUUCCUUAGGAUUGAUAUGUACGCCAUGGGCUUGGUGCUGUGGGAGCUGGUGUCCCGCUGCUCGGAGACAGACGGUAUAGUUGGUGAGUACAUGCUGCCGUUUGAGGAUGAAAUAGGUCAGCAUCCUUCCCUGGAGGACCUGCAGGAUGUGGUCGUGCACAAGAAGAUGCGUCCAGCCAUCAAGGACUGCUGGCUCAAACAUCCGGGUUUGAGUCAGAUGUGGGAGACCAUCGAGGAGUGCUGGGACCAUGACGCUGAGGCACGACUGUCAGCUGGCUGCGUGGAGGAGCGCAUCAGCCAGAUCGCCAGGACGAUAGGCAGCACUACCUCAGACAACCCAGCCUCCAUUGUGACAUCUCUCAUCAACGAGGACCUACCUCCCAAAGAGUCAAGUACCUAAAUGGGUGACACCUUGCCUCACCUAAGCUCCUGACUUAUGUUCAUUCUCAAACCCAAGCUCAGCGGAUCUAUGUUAACGUUAACAACUCUACCCCACAUCCCCUCCCUGUCACCAUAGCAACCUACAUGAAGCUGCUCGUUACCUACAUACUAAUAUUUUGUUUCUGUUUGAUGUUCUUCUGUGUUUUACUAACGCAUCCAUCUGCUGUAGUUGAAUUAGUAAUAAGCUGUGUGAUGGGCACAUCUCAUAUCACCUCUGUGUCAAACCUUAAACCUAAUCAUUGCUUCCAUGUAUUUUUUUAAAAGUUUAGUGUGUCCUGUUGUUUUUUUGUUUUUGUUUUUUUAAAUCACCCCACGAGCUGCUGUGUUUGUUGUAGUUCCCAUCUGUGGCCAAAUUCUGGAAAAACCUUCGCUCCAAACCUCAGACAACACGCUGCACACCUCGGAAGAAACAUUUUGAGACUGUUAAAACAAAAAAAAAUAUUUUCAUCUUCCUCAGGGGUUGAAGCUUCUCGAUUUAUAAAUUUGGAGAGUGCUCCCUUCCUUUCGACCUGUGAAUUCUUCAGAACGAGAUGUAGAGAGAAAAUAAAAAAAACAAAAAAGGAACGGAGCACUUUUUGUUUUUUCUUAGGGAGGAAGCAAAAUCUGAACUGAGCAGUCAUAUGGGACUUUGUGAAGAUUUCGGACAGAUGUCUUGUCCUUGGAACUACCUCUCAGGUAUCCAGUAGGCUUCUUUGAAACAUUUCUAUAAGUUGAGAGCCAAGCUAUCCACCUAGCUAACAUGGACAUAAUCCUGGAUGAUAUUGUUUUUAUUUUGUUUUUAAUUUUUUUGAAUUUCAGAGUUACUUUUCUGCCAGUGCCAGGGGCAUUGACUGAUGCUGUCUGGAGUUGCAAUGUUACACAUUCUUAAUUUUAUCCAUAUGCAUUUGUGUGCGAGUGUGAGAAUGUAAUGAUUUAUGAUUGAGUGUGUGUUUUUAAAGUAAAAACGACUAACAGGUAAUUUAGGGUUUAUCCUUGUGAUUGUCAUGCAUUUUUUAUUUUAUUUUUUUAAUUUCAUAGGUGUUUGGUUACUAGACUCAGUCGGACACGGGUCCACAGAUACCUCAGUUACUGUAUGUCAUGCAAGGAGAGCUCAAAUUGGUUGCCUUUGUCUCAAAUGCAAUGCCAUAGUUGUACCAUAAUAUGAACACCAUACAUUGAAUGUCCGUUAUGCUGCUGUGACUAUUCCAGGAUACUCAAGGAUUUGUAGAUGUACAUGUAUUGUUUGUUAAUGUAACACUAACUAUCCAUGAUAUUAUGUAAGGCUAAUAUCCUGUUUUUGUGGGUAUUUUUUGUGCGUUUUUUCUUUUGACUGGGUAAGCCUUCAGCUGCUUACUCUUCCAGACUGACCUCAGAUAUUCUGACAAGUACCUCAGGCUUUUUCUACAUGUAUAUCAAGUUGUGUUAAUGUAUUUUAUUAUGUUUGAGUAGUUGAAAGAAUUUAUUGCAGGUGGGAUGGCCUCUGUCUUUAUUUUUUAUUUUUAUUUUUUUUGAUAGAACCUGACCACUUUUCAUGAUGUAAAUGCCCUACAAAUGUAAAAAGAGAGGCAGAUUCCUGUAAAUAUGCUUGUACACAUAAGACGCCUGAUACGUAAAUAUUUUGUUUUACAUUUAUAAAUGGGGGGCAUUUUAAUAAAUUUGAGUGUCUUUGAAAAUUUGCUUUGAAAAUUGAAACUUGUUUAGUUUAAACGCACAAAUGGAAGUUUUUAAGUCUUUUUUUUUUUUUCUGUUUGUUUUUAUGAUUUUUACUUAACCCGAUUAAAAAAAAGACAAAAUUCAGUUUCUCAAAUAAGUGACAUAAAACCAAAAAAUUUAUCUUAUACACUCUACAGUCUCAACACUGUACAGUAUGAACUCUCAAUACUUGAUCAGUGCUCAUUUUGCACUGGUAAUACCUGGUGAAUAACUGGCUCAGUUGCUACUGUUUUGAGUCUUGCAUCUUCCAAGUGUUUUUAUUCCACUCAGUAUUCUAUUGUGCUUUAAUGCAGCACUCUAAUCAGACAGAAACGUCUUCAGCUGGCUUUCCCUUCUCAUGAAGGAUGGUCAUUAAGCUCUAUUAAUAUGUUAACCAAAACAUCACAAUAACAUUUCUCCAUUAGAAAUCAGUUUUAAUGUCUUUAUGUAGUAUUUUUUUCCCCAAUAAAACCACUAUUGUCAAACUCCAUGUGCAGUACUGGUCUUAAAAACGAUUCUUGCAAAACUGGCUGUGUAGUAAAGAAAAGGUUGAGUGGAAGGAAAAAGUAUUUUUAUUUUUUGGCAUUUAUGUUUAUAUACCGAAAUGACUUUUCAUUGGUUUUGUGUAGUACUUAAACUUUGACGAACUGAAUUUUGUUUUCAUUAGCUAUAAGCCAAAAAUGAUCAAAACAAACAGAAAUGGACUAAAUUAUAUCGCAUGUAAUGAAUUUAUUUGUUAAAUUUGACUUUCUGAAUUGAAUUACUGGAAGACAAACUUUUUGAUUUUAUUCAAAUUUUUUAAGAUGCACCUCUAAACAAUCAGGGCAUUUGCAGUGUUCAUUUCAGAUACAGAAAGGGGUUUAUUGACACCAUAUCUACCAAUCCAUUUAGAUCUCUAGCCCUGUUUUUUUUUCACUCUUAAGAGAAGUGUUACUGAUAUCAGUGGUUUAUGAUAUUGAAUCAUCUUAUUUAGAGGUUGUGAGGGUGGCACUGGCAUUCAAAAAUAAAAAUGUGUAUAUCAUCGCGGAAAAGAAAAACGAACAAAUAUUUUUAUGGUUUUGGUGUGGCGGCUUCUGUGAUUGGCCACUUGUUUGAACAGUAUUGCCUCAAUAUUAACCUGCUGAUGUGACGUUCUGACCUGUUUAUAGUGAUAGUUUAGCCACGUUGGACAACACACAGGCUCAUCUGUUGUGCUUUGAUUAGUGGUGUGGAAAGAUAGUGAUUUCUUUUUUUAACAGUGGUCUGUAGCUCUAACUGAUGUGCAGUUUUGGUAAAAGGACUUCUGGGGGAAAAUAAUUCAAUGCUGAACAUUUUUUUUUUUUUCCCGGGGGGAAACCAUCAUUGUGUUUGUAGCCACAUGACUGACUAAUGCAGCACCGUUGGGGUUUACGCCGACAGCGCCCAUGUGCACGGUCCAAGGGUCCAGCAAUAUUUACUAUACAGCAAUAGUCAUUACACUCAGCUGUGACAACAGUUAUCCUCUGCAGCCCAACACAGAACAACUCCUCACACCUUGACCAUCCUCUGACAGCCUCUUGUUGAUAAGGGGGGUAGGAAGAAAAAACAGACCCAGAGGAUUAAAACUUUGGUGCGCAAGCUGAUUGUGGCCCAGGUGCUUUUUUUUUUCCGAAUCGUGCCAGGCAAACAACAUGUCAUGUGGUAAAAUCUGCUGUGACCGGUUGUUACCUCCAAAUGCUGUCUUACACCUAGCUCUUCUGAACCGAAAAAAAACCAUGUUACCUCAUGCAGUAUCUUUAGUAACACUAACACGAAGUCGGUCUCAUCUUCAGCAACAUAAAAAAAAUAUAUAGAAAAAAAAAAUCAAGUAUUGUGUAUAUAUUUACUUGCUAAAUGUAAAGGGUUUCUUCCUUUUUAUGUGUGGAUCCUGUGAAAGCAAAAUCAUAUUUUUUUUUUGUUUGCAGUCAAUAUAUUGUUUUUUUUCUUUAUUAUUACUGUGUGAACGAAUGUUGGAACUGUGUUACCUUCCCUGUUUAUGUGAACUGUGUAUGUGUGCGUGCAUGUGUUUGUUUGUCGUUUGGUUUCUUUAAUUCAGUAUGAAUGGAAACUAUGUGCAUUAAAAUACUUAGAAUUAUAAACUAGAUGAGAAUACAUUCAUCUUUUUGUAUAUGAAAAUAAAGUUGAAUCCUGAUUUAAAAAUAAA